AUGUAUUAAGAUAAUUAAGAUGAAGAUGAUAAAUUAAAAAAUGAUAUUGAAAAAUUUCGAAAUCUUCUUGAUGAAGAGGUUGAAGGAAAUCAUACUUAUAUAUAAUAGGUGUAAUCUUAACAAAAUGAAUUAUAAUAGGCAAGUUCAAGAUACCAAAUAUUAUGGUAGGAGAUCUCUGAAAUGAGAGAACGUUUAGAAUAAAGAUAAAUCUAAGAGGAUAGCCAUCAUAUGUUAUCUAAUGCAGAAAAGGCCUUAUUUGAAACUUAAAUAUCUAAUUUAAAUGAUAAAAUAAAAGACUAUGAAUAAAUUCUACUACACUAUUAAUCAAAAUCAAGGUAAUUAAUGAGUAAUAAAUUAGAUAAUUAGAGCAAUAGAUAAGCUAAAAUUAAUUAGAAAUGGACAAUUAUAAAAGGUAAUUAGAACAUAUGAAUAAUUUUAAUCAUAACUGUUUGGAAAUACAGGAGUUAUAAUGGAAAAUAAAUCAGCUAAGUAUUUUUCUUAAUUUAGUAUUUAGAUUAAAUCAUUUAAAGAAAAGAAAAAGAUUAGAUUUUACGAAUUAAGUAAUGGAAGUUUGUAUUAAGGAGGAUGGUUAAAUGCUCAAAAAAAUGGAAAAGGUAAAAUUCAGUUAUUAAAUUAAAAGGAGUUUAAAUCAUGAAAAAUGGAUCAAUUUAUGAAGGCUAAUUUUCUCGAGGAAUGGCUAAUGGAAAGGGUAGAAUGAUUUAUCCAGAUGGUGAUUAUUACAUAGGUUAAUGGUGUGAUGAUUAACAUCAUGGAUAUGGUGAAUAUUAUCACGGAGAUGGAGCUAUGUAUAAAGGAGAUUGGUUUGAAAACUUAUAGCAUGGAUAAGGAUUUGAACUGUUCUCUGAUUAAUCUAGUUAUACAGGUUUAUUUAAAUUAGGAAAACGUGAAGGAUAUGGUGUUUAUAAAUUUUCUGAUGGUUCUCUUUAUGAAGGUUAGUUUAAAAACAAUUAAUUUAAUGGAAUAGGGUAAUAUAAAAUUUAGAGAUUGUAGUACUUAUACAUGGCACGAUGGUAGAAGAUAUGAAGGUGAAUGGUUAAAAGAUUAGAUGGAUGGAAAAGGUAAAAUGACAUGGGCAGAUGGAACUUUAUAUGAUGGUGAAUAUAAAAAUGAUAAAAAGCAUGGUUUUGGAACACUCAGAUGGCGUAAUCAUAAUAGUAAUUUAGUUAGCUGAUUCUCGAUAAUAUUCUGGUUAAUGGGAGUACGGUAAAUAGCACGGAAAUGGAGAAUAUACUAAUUCUUAGUAAGGUACGAGGAAAGGAUUAUGGAUAAAUGGUAAAAGAAUGUAAUGGCAUGAUUGA